UCGAACGAAAUCAUUCUAUCUUGCUUGUGUUCGCAACAACAUGCUCGACAGUGGAUGGCAACGUUGGCACGAACAUCAUUUGAAGCAAACGUUUGUGGCGACAACACGUGGUAGCGCAGCUUUACAAUGUCGAAACAAUUUAUGCAAGAAUUUAUUUAUUGCUUGCAAAAUGAGCAAUCUUUGUGGCACUCAAAAAGCGAUGCGUAUAAAAAUAAGAAUUUAAGGAACGCUGCGUGGGAAGUGCUUCUUAAUAAAUACAAGGAGUUGGAUAAGCACGCAACAAUUGAUACCGUGAAGAAGAAGGUCAAUUCGUUGCGGGCAUCGUAUAGACGCGAGCUUCAAAAAAUAAAAAGAAGCAAGAAAUCUGGUGCCGGGGCGGAUGAUGUUUACCAGCCAAGCCUGUGGUAUUUCAACGACCUCUCAUUUUUAUAUGAACAGGAGGCCUCGGCCGAUGGAAUCAAUACAUUUGAUGACGGCUCGGAAAUUGAAAUACCAAAGGCGCCGAAACGGAAACCGGAUGAAGGAUCCGAGUUCCUGCAGAAGGGAGUAGCUCAUUUGGACAACAUGAACGCCAAGAAACCGAGGGACGACGCUGACAUUUAUGCUGAAGGGUGGGCUACAAUGUUCAGGGAGCUAAGCAAGGAGCAGCGGCUAUACGCUAAAAAGGGUAUAGAUGAGCUCCUCAUGCAAGGCCGAAUGAAUAUGCUCUCAUACCAAGGAGUGUCAAGCAUUGCCAACAUACCAAACAAUCUAAGUCCUCAAGUUCAGAUGCCAAUGGAUGUCUAUCCGCGAGAGCACAUUUAUCAGACGAGCACUCCACUGACGAGUGACUCCAAUACAAGAUCGUCAUUUGUGACUCUUCAUUCCCAGGAUCAGAAUACUCCAGUAAUUACUAAGCUGGAAACACAAGAUGAAAACAAUUUGCAGAAAGUUGAUUGAUGCAAUCAAAUUUGCACGUAUAAACACGAGCGAAAACAUUUUGCUGCAAACAAAUAACUUUUGCAGCAAUAUUUUUUGCUUGUCGUCUGUAUACAUUUUUUCACCGCUAUCUUGGUUACGUCAGUUGCUUGCUUGUUUGCAUGUGCUGUUUGGUUUCAGUCGCAGUAUUGCAGAAAGCAAAGCACCAUGUGGGAUCGCGACAACACAAUAAGAUUAAUUAAAUUGUACGAUCAUCAUUCUGUGGCUAAAAAACGCAAUGUCAGGGCUAAUCGCUCAUUUGGUGAAACCGCAGGACGCAUUACAGUGUCUUGUUUAGUUAUGUAGUUUUUUACUUUUUCUAAUAAAAAGUGGAAAUCACUGACUGACAUGCGAAAAAAAAUGUAAUAGUUUGUUUCAUCGCCAUUUUGUAACUUUUAAAAUGCUCUGAUGCACUCCUUUUUCAUCUCUGUUCGAAAUCCACUCUUUCACCCAACACUAUUUUUUGCAGAUUUCAAUCUUCUCACUUUUUUACGUUUAAUUAAAGUUGCUAAAAUAGAACACGUCGUUAUUCCUUGACUUUCAUAAAACAACAUAACUUGCAUAUGAGCGUCCCUUGCAAGCACUGAAAACAAAAAAUAAAAACAGGUAUAGACAUUAACGCAAUAUAUUGCACGAAAUAGCCAUUCCAAAGGUUGCGUGCAUAACAAAAAUUUAUUGGAGCAAGAAAUUUUCUUGCAAUAUUUGCAUAGGUGUAAACAUUUGUGCAAACUUUUGCUGCAAAUUAUUUUCAACUUGCUGCAAAUUGUUUGCAUCGUUUGUUCCUAGAUUUACAGAUAAUAGGAAUGUCAAUCCCGAAUCAUUUGCCGACUUAUUCA